UGUCCCUCCGUCGCGUUGCAUUGUGGGUAGGUCAGGAAGAGCCAGUGGAGGACGCCAUGUGCUUCUGCUAGAGGAGGAUCUGACAGUCAGUCACGCACCGAGAGAGUUGUGUCGCGGGAACUGGCCGGUCGUUUUGUCGCGUUCACUGAAUCGGUUAGUCGUGCACUCGGGUCAUGAUGUACUGCAGCAGAUACUGCGUCCGGAUCGCCCUGCGGGCCGCGGCAAACACACACCGACAAAAUGUACAGACGGCAGCACUGUGUGCCCUGCGAACGCUCAAGACCAGCCCUGUCAGUCCGUCUGAUGCCAUUGCAACACCUUCUCUUGAUGGGAUGCCCAAGCAGUACUCUCCCAAAAUCCAACAGCUGGUCAAUGACAUCGCCAGCCUCACGCUUAUAGAAGUGUCUGACCUCAAUGAGUUAUUAAAGAAAACUCUGAACAUUCAGGACAUUGGAAUGAUGUCCAUGGGCUCAAUGGCAGCAGUAGCAGCUGCUCCAGCUGCUGAGGCGGUAGAAGAGGACGCGGCACCUGCGAAGAAAGAGAAAACCCAUUUUACAAUCAAACUGACAGAAUUCAAGGCGGCUGAUAAGGUGAAGCUGAUUAAAGAAGUGAAGAAUUGCAUGGAGGGUCUGAAUCUUGUACAGGCUAAGAAGCUUGUGGAGUCUCUACCUCAGGAGAUCAGGGCGAAUGUGUUUAAAGACGAAGCAGAAAAACUAAAAGCAGCACUUGAAGCAGCAGGAGGCACUGUGGUCCUGGAGUGAAUAUCUGCGCUGGCCCUUAAUCACUUGUUACCUGUCAGUCAUCGUUUUGUUCUGUUUUGUUCUUUUUUACAGGAAAGGAUUUUGAAGAAAUCAAAUAAUGCCUUUACAAUGACCAUAUGGUCCACAAGAGAUGGUCUGGGUGUUGAACUCACAGACUGAACUCUAACAGGCUUUGAGCCUGCAAACACACCACUCGACUCCUCCAUCUGUCCUUUAGCUACACAUGUGCUGGGCAGGAUGGACGGAGCUGGUCUGUCGCUCUGAAACUGGGGCUAUCCUGACAAAGGGAUGUGAUGCUAUUGCUUGUGGUUAAAUAAACAUGUUAUACUGUA